AUGACUGAAACGAAGAGUGGUAAAGCGGUCGCGCCGGCGGCGCAAGAUAGCGUUGCCGGCACUUUGGCGGUGUGCAGAAGCUCAGGUGAGGAGUUCCGAGUACCAAAGACUCAUGAUAUGCUGAGGUCGCUUUUUGACCCUCGGCUCCGCAAGUCAUUUCUAGAGCUUUGCAUAACUCUCUCUCUUGUAGCCAACUGUGCUUUCUGCUAUUGGAGUUGGCGCGUUAUGGGUGGCGAGUGGGCAAUGCGCAUGUAUCUGGCGCAGUACCUCGCAUGGCGGUUGACCUAUAACCUCGGUAUUGGCCUGAUAUUGCACUACCAGUCGCACUACGAAUUUCUGACCGAAUUCGCCAAGAGGAACGGGCUGUUUGCCAGUGGAGCCGCUUCGAAGUCGUGGCUGGCAUCGUUCUGCCAGUUCGAAAUAGCUUCCAAGAUGCCAAGGGAAUACGACAUGGCGCAGUACCCCACGGAGUUUAAUGUGUGGUUGUUAUUCAGACAGUUUGUGGACCUAGUUUUGAUGCAGGACUUCACCACCUAUGUGCUAUAUGUACUGCUUUCGUUUUCGAAGAGCCAGGUUACAUGGAGUUUGCUACAGCAUCUCAAUUGGACGAGCUGCCGGGUUUAUGUAGGUACGCUGAUGCUAUUAUUGAACGUAUGGGUUAAAAUGGACGCGCAUAGAGUGGUUAAAGAUUACGCGUGGUACUGGGGGGACUUUUUCUUCCUUCUGAAGGACUCUAACCUGAUAUUUGAUGGUGUUUUCAACAUCUCCCCUCAUCCUAUGUAUUCCAUUGGCUACAUGGGUUACUAUGGCGUUAGCUUAAUCACGGGAGACUACCGCGUUCUUCUCGUUUCGAUUCUUGGCCACUUUCUACAGUUCCUUUUCUUGAAGUACGUGGAAACUCCGCACAUUGAACGCAUUUAUGGACCCGACCAACCUAGCAGUAUUGAAAGAGUGGACGACCAAAUAAUAAAAAAUAAUAGAAACUACACCAGACCGCUGAUGAUGACAUACUUCUGGUUCAAGAAUUUUGAUCCUCUAAGACCAACUGACUAUUUCACUGUUGGAACAGCGGCCGCCUCCAUAUCAGCUAUAUUGCUUAACCCAAAAAAGGAAACGGUAUUUGCUAUCACACUGUUCGUCAAACUCGUUACCUCGAUGGUAAACUUCUUUAUUUUGCGUCGGCAAUCUACGGAUAAAUGGUUUACGAAACUCUUUCUGCGUAACGGCUAUACACAGCUGUACAGUUAUCAAAUGUGGCAGUUUAUUUACAACUUUAACCUAAUGCUUUCUUAUGUGACAUUGGCACUACAGACAUGGAUCCAAUUUCAGGCCUUAUCACAGCAUGACUACACAAAUGUUAUUUUCGGUUUCAUUCUGGUUGCCUUACAUAUCUGGGCUGACGGUGAGAUACUAAACGCACUUACGGAGUUUGGAUGGUUUUAUGGUGACUUUUUCCUAACAAAUUAUAUACAACGACCAAAGCUUGCGUCGCAUGGGAUAUACCGUUACCUAAAGAAUCCAGAAUGUGUUCUGGGUGUUGCUGGGGCAUGGGGAACUGUGUUAAUCACAGAUUUCAGCGUUGAGAAUAUCAUAUUGGCGACGAUUUGGACUUUAAGCAAUCAUAUAAUGGUAACAUUCGUCGAAUCUCCCCAUGUCGCCAAGGUUUAUGGUAAUGAGAUGCUAGCUAGACAAAGUGGCGUAGGUAAGACCUUGCUAGGUUUUACACCCAUCAAGCAUUUUUCCGAUUGGCUCGAUAAGUUUUCCGGAUCAUUGAUAGAUAUGCUUAACGUCAGCACUGAGGGCAGGGAUCAGCUGGAAGACGUUAUUGCCGCCGCCUUGCAGGCGACUACCAGAAAACUGUCUCCAGAUUCAGAGUUUGAAAUCAACCGUGACUCCGAGAAUAACUCGGACGGCGAUUUUUCCUUCACCAUCGGAGAUUCCAUCGAGAUUUCCUGGAAGUUGCCUAGGGAGCUUUACCACGAUGAAGACUGGAUUGGGCUUUACAGGGUUUUGGAGACCGGAGAAGAUAGAUACAGAACCUUGGUUUCAUCUCGGGAUCACUGGUGUGCAACAAAUACUAUGGGUUAUCCAAAGAGUGUAAAGGCAAUUGGCGCUGUUAAGGAGUUCACAAAAGGGGACACAUGUGUUCAAGGCAGAGUUGUAUUUGACCAUAAUUUACUGUAUUUUGAAAAGGGUGUUUAUGAGUUCAGAUACCACAGUACUAGUGGCCACAAAGUGCUAAUGAUUUCGCCCCCAUUCAAAAUUACUGUUCCUCAGUUGGACUUGGACACACCGGAAGCGCUGUACCAGUCCACGGUCAAGUUAUUGGAAAAAUGCCACUGCCUAAACGAAAACGGCCGCUUCGAGCACUCAAAAAACAAGUAUCUGUCGGAGCGGACAUUGCAGAAGCUAUUUAGAAACUCCACAGGGGCAGACAUCUCCAGCGACUACAUGAAGAGAGUAAACUACGAAAUCAGAGAAAUAACAGAGCGAAUUUACGAAAUGAAGAAAAUUCUGGAUUCGUUGCGCUAA